UCCAAUGUUUUCCCAGUUUUUUCAUCUGUUAUUGAAAACUCAGUCUAAAAAGUUGUUUACCUGAUUUUCGUAAGCUAAAUUCAUCAUAAUUUCAACGUUCAAGCUUUCAAUCUUUUCACAAUUAUUAACAAGUUAUGUUUUCGCUGUUUAAUUUUCAAUUGCCUCAACCUUUAUUGAACGUAUUAAUUGGAGUUACUCUCUUCAGGUUGGUAAAGUAUUUGUUUAAUACAAUAAAAAGGACUCUUUCAUUACCAGUUGGUCCUUGGGGUCUUCCUAUUGUUGGUUAUUUACCCUUUCUUGGUGAUCAUGUUUACCUUCAGUUUGACCAAUUGUCUAAAAAGUUUGGACCAGUUUAUUGUUUAAAAUUGGGUUCUUUCGAUGUGGUCUUGGUUUGUGAUUGGCCUCAUCUGAAAGAUGCUACUUCCAAUGAUGCCUUACUUGCUCGACCAUAUGAAACACUCGUUCCUGGUAGUGAACGCUCAUUUGCUGAAAUGUCAGGAGAUCCUUGGCGUCAACACAAACGCUUAUCACUACACAUUUUGCGUGAUGUUGGUUUGGGGAAGAAUAAAAUUGAAACUUUGAUCAAAGAAGAGAUUGACCAGUUUCUAACAACUUUGAAUACUGAUGGUAAACCUGUUGAUUUUAGUCAAAAAAUCGGUCCAUCAAUUUCUAAUAACAUUGCGAUAUUAUUAUUUGGCCAUAAAUAUGAUUACAAUGAUCCUGUUAAAAUCGAAAUGGACCGAGCUCGAGCUUCUUUUACUCGUUUAUUCAAAUUUGCUGGAAUCUUAACAUUUCUUCCUUGGUUAACUAAGGUAUUAAUCUUACUUGGAAAGUUUGAUGUUCACCUCAUAAAAAAAAAUUUCAUGAUUGUCGAUGAAUUCGUUCAAGAUGAAGUUAACAGACACCGAGAGAAUUAUAAUGAAAAUCAUGAAGUCGUCGAUUACAUCGAUGGUUACUUGGAGGAGAGGAAAAACCGAGAGAAACAGAACAUUCCUGAAGAUACUUUCACCCUUAAUACACUGAAGCGAAAUGCGGCUGCAUUUUUUGGUGCUGGGUCUGAAACUGUGUACAGUACAAUGGAAUGGGCAAUAUUAUACCUUGUAAAAUACCCAGAAUAUCAAGAAAAAAUACGUUCAGAGAUAGCUGAUGUCAUUGGAUUUGAAAGAAAACCAGAUUAUGCUGAUAGAGCAAGAAUGCCAUUUACGAUGGCGUUUAUUCAUGAAGUUCAGCGAAUCGAAUCAAUCAUUGCAAAUAAUUUACUCAGAAGAGCAUCUGAAGAUACCAAAAUUGGUAAUCACUUCAUACCUAAAGAUACGUUGGUGAUGUUCAAUUUCUGGUCAGUUAAUCAUGAUCCUAAUUUAUGGCCAAAUCCAGAUAAAUUUGAUCCAACUCGUUACCUUACUGAAGAUGGUACUAAAGCAGUGAAACCACCUUAUCUCAUACCUUUCAGUGCUGGUAAAAGGAACUGUCCUGGUGAAGGUUUAGCCAAUGUUGAGUUGUUUUUAUAUUUAGUUUGUAUGGUACAAAGAUAUCGUAUCAAAGUCGAACCAGGAACUGAAAUAUCUUUUGAAGCAGUUUUCGGAAUUUCAAGACGUCCAGCUAACCUUCCACUUUUCAUUUUUGAAAAAGUAGUCCAUUAAGACUAAAUUUUGGUUAUUAAGUACACUACAGAGUUUCUAGAAAGUUUCUGGUGUGUAGGCGUACGUCUUUUAGCUGCACAAUAAACUAAUAUUAAUUAAUUUUCAUAAUGAAUGCCCUUUUCUUGCUCAUUUUAUCUCCUCCCAUACACCAGAAACUUUCUAUCCACUCUGUAGUUUCAAGCAUAAGAUAGUCUUUGAUAAACGCCGUCUACUAUACUGAGGUAAUUUAGCAUCUUACGUAUAGUAGAUGACGUUUAGCAAAAAUUAAUUUAUCGAUGAAACUGCUAAGUACUCAUUCACAAAUGAUAUCAAUUGAUUUUGGUCCAUUUUCUUGUCUUUCUUAUUGAAUCUAUCAAAAUAUUAUUAACAUUAAGACCAUUUUGUUUAUUAUUCAAUGAAAUUUUUCCUCAUAUCUCUUGUAUUUGCCAAUCUAAUCCAUCUGUAUGUACUCAUAACUUUAAUUAAUAUUUUAUUACACUUAAAUAAAAUGAGAAAAUUCAAUCAACGUGAA